AUUUUCUUUAAACUCCAUAUUUUUUAACUCUACAAAAUGACAACUGCACAUAAGCCAACGUGGCAUUCAGCCAAGGGAGGAAGCAACCAAGGAGGAAAUGUUAUGAUCACUCCGACAAGACAGUACUCAGCAAAAGAUUUGCCAGGUCAUCUCGAGCUUAAGACCAGAGCGAAGGAGCAAGGAAUCGAUCAUGACCUCAAUGACAUCGACCAGUUCAAGAAGGAACUGCUGCAAAGAGAGAAAAAGUACUUUGAAAAGAAAGGUGACACGGGUGAAGUUCCCCAGUCACUGGAUGAUGGCUUCAAAAUGCCCAAAAAGAGAGAAAUAAAGGAUCUCAGCAAGAAAGCAGAUGAUUUAAAUUCUCGAAAUAAGGAAUACGAGGACGAACUGAACGAGAAGGGAACUCCCUUCCCUCAAGAUGCCGAUUACCAGUCAGAAUCAGAUUCAGGAUCUUCCUCUGAUUCUGAAAGCAACUCCGCAUCAGAAGAUGACGAAGAAGAAGCUGCCCUCCUGAAGGAAUACAUCAAAAUCAAGAAGGAGAAGGAGGAAGCUGAGAAGAAGAAACUCGAAGAAAAAGCCAAGGCUAAGGAAGAAGAGGAAAAUAAAGAGCUCAUGCACGAGAAUCCGCUGUUUAAUAAAGAAGCUGAUGAGAACGAAGGUGUUUACACCUUGCAGAGAAAAUGGUAUGAUGAGACGGUCUUCAAGAACCAGGCUAGGAUCCAGAAAAAGGAGAAGAAGAGGUUCAUCAAUGAUACUGUUAGAAGUGACUUCCACAGAAACUUUAUGAAUAGAUUUAUUCAAUAA